AUGGCUACCUUCAGCUUGAGCACACUGUCACUAUCGUCUUCUCGUUUCUUCAGUCUCGGAGCUCUGACUCGCUUCCAUGGUUAUCCGAAACCUGUAUUACUGCCUCUCAAAUGUUCCUCUUCUUCUUCGGAUUCAGAUACCGCCAUGCCUCCUGACGGUUGGGCUUACAAGCUGAUUGCAGGGCUCGCCGGAAUCGGAUUCCUCGAAACCUCGUACCUCACUUACCUUAAGCUCACCGAAUCCGAAGCCUUUUGCCCCGUCGGCACCGCCGCCUGCUCCGACAUACUCAACAGUGAUUACGCCGUCGUUUUCGGUGUUCCUCUUCCUAUGAUUGGGAUGGCUGCGUAUGGCUUGGUUGCUGCUCUUAGUCUCCAAUUGGCUACAAACAAUUUAGCUUUUGGGAUUAACAAAUCGAAUGCUCAACUUGUAUUGCUUGGAAUCACAACCUCCAUGGCAGCUGCUAGUGCGUAUUUUUUGUACAUUUUAACCACGAGAUUCUCUGGGUCAUCUUGCUCCUAUUGCCUACUUUCGGUUCUAUUGUCCUUCACCUUAUUCUUUGUCACAGUGAAGGUUCUUGGAUUGCAAGAGACGUAUAAACAAGUUGGCCUGCAAUUGUUUAUUGCUAGCUUAGUAAUUCUCACUCUGAACACCUCCUAUAGCAAUUCUAAAUCUGCUUCCUCAAGGUGA